AUGUCUGAUAACGGAGACAACAAAACCCCCCGCGCAUUGCCCAAGAGUGGCGGUCCCAAGAAAGGUGGCACCAAGGAUGGCAUCACCAAGGACAGCGGCCCCAAGACUCCUACCAGUGCUGAGAAGGGUAGAAAGAACAUGACCCAGAUCGAGCUGACUCCCAUCGAGUCCCUGCUCUUCUUCAACAUGGUACGCUUCAACGGCAACCAUGACAAGAUCGAUUGGAAUUUGGUAGCUUCUCAUUCCAACCUGAAGAACGCUGCGAGUGCGAAGGUUCGCUUUCGUCAAAUACUCAAAAAACAUGACCUGAUGGACCAGGCCCCUGAGACCCCUCGAUCCCAGGCUCAGAAGCGAAAGGCUGCGCCGAAGUCUGACGGUUUAGAUGACGAUGAGGACGGCGAAUCCUCUUACAAUCCCAGCCCCGUCGCCGCGAAGGCGAGUGUGCGCAAGCGAUCUGCUCGCGCCGGCUGUGGGCGUGGCAAGAGACAGAAGCUGGGCGUCAAAUCCGAAGAUGAGCAGGACGAUGAGGAGGCAAUUGCCGAUAGCAUCGUCGGAUCUCCUGCCUCAGCGCCCAAGACUGACCCCGAGACCGAGAUCAAGGAUUCAAAGACAGAGUCGUCUGAACCUGGCAGUAAAAUCAUGCCACUGCCCAACGAUGACGGUGUGGCAGGUGGCAUUGACGGCACCGACAGCGCAAGCCCUCAGGAGUAUUCCCGCAGCCAGGCUCCCCAAGGAUUCAGCGCUGGUGGUGCCCAUCUCGGGGUCCCAGGCUAUCAUCAGACCGCUCUUCCAUCCAACAUGGGCGAGGCCCAGAUGAUGCAGCUCCAGCUCCGCCAACCCGGCAUGUUCCCUAACUCCAUCGAUGGCAACCGUUCUUUCGCCUUUCCCCAACCGUUAAACCCAAACCAACUGGCCGCGUUGCAGGCGCCCCGUACUCCUCAGAUGCAGCCACAGCAGAUGACCGCCGAGCAGCGGCAGCGGCACCAGCUAAUGCUGGAGGCUCAGGCGCAGCAGUUCAACCGUUUCGAGUUCAUGCAGAUGUCCCCUUACCACAUGCGUGGCAUAGACAUGCCUGGUGGUAAUGUUCCCUUUGGUCACAUGACCCAGAUGCAAUUCAGCGAGCAGUAUCCAGCCGACAUCUAUAACGGAGGCGGCACUUUCUUCGACCAAGCACAUCUCGGCCAUGAUGUCGAUGGCCAGGACGAGUGGGACGUUGAGAGCGCUGAAGUCAAGAGAAAGGUCACACCAGAGGCCAAGGAGGAGGACGAGCAUGAGGAGGGAGAUGAGUUCAACCACGAGCACGAGGGCAAGCUCAAGCUCGAGGAGAUUUAA